AUGCUCAGACUGAUCUUCCUCUGCAUUCUCUGCUUCAUCUCGGCCGGGCCAGUCAACUGUUGGUCAACCUUGGAGCCCAUGCUGAUCCAGAGGCGGGUGUUCUUUGGGGAGGAUCAACGGGAGCAGCUAGAUCAUAUCUAUGCCAUCAGCAACGGAGCUGGCAUAGGAGGUUCCCUCUUCUUCGGCAUGUUCUUCGACAGGUAUGGAGGAGCGUCUAGCGUCUUCUGGGGUGCGGUAGUGACGGGGGUAGGGUUGAUGCUCAUGGCGCUUUCAGUCAGCUUUCCGGGAUGGAACUGGUUACUGUACGCAGCCUAUCCCAUCACCAACAUAGGAGGGAGCAUGAACGUGUACGGCAUCUACUCCUUCCUCUGGCACUUCCCUGAGCACCCGAACCUCGUGGCCUCGCUUGCUGACGCUGUGACGGCGUUGUCGGAGGUGAUAGUUGUUACUGCAGUCUUCCUGCACAGACAGUAUGAGAUGCCCCUGGAGACUUUCUUGAUGGCUCUUGGGAUCCUGUGCUUGAGCACGAGCUUCCUGGCGUUUCAUAUCGUCCCCUCGAUGGAGGAGGUCAAGAGCUGCGCUAGGGAGGCAGUGCAGGAAGGGAGGGUGACCUCUGAAAGCGCAAUUGCAGAGGUUGAGAGCAUGGGAGAGGACAACGACGAGGUCGAGAUCUUCCGACAGUGCAUCGAUGUUUUCCAGAAGAACAUCAAGACCAACCUGAUCUUCCUCAACUACAUCUUCCUGGUGAAUUUUUUGCUCAGCUAUGUGCUGAUUCAGCAGUUCUACUACUACGAGCAACUGUUUGGAGCUCGAAGGGCAACUUGGCUGGUUGACAUCUUCGCCAUCAACUUCGGCGUCUCUGGUUUCUUGUUUGCUGUGUUUGGAGGAUACGUGUGCGAUGAGAUCGGGAUCGAACGGUUCUUGUCUUGGAUGCAGCUCAUGAUUCUUGCUUUCUCCCUUCUCCUCUUCUGCCCUUACGAGAGCUGCCAGAUCUUGUCACAAGCUCAGUUGUCUCUCCUCUACGACUUCUGGGAUGUGCUGGUCAUGCGUAUUGCCAUGCUAUACGCUCCUCCUCACCUCCUAGGAACCUUUUCGGGCCUCUUGUACACUGUAGCUGGAGUCUCUCAGAUGAUUCUGGAGCCAGCUUACGACAUGCUCUCCUCAGCUUUCCUCCCUCAGCCUCUUCCUCGCUACUGGAUCAGUUUCGCCAUGUUCACCCUCUACGCCAUCCUCGCUGGUGAAACCAUCACGCGAUACUGGAAGAAGAAUUCUCCUCCUACUCCUCCUCUCUCCUCCUCUUCUCUUCCUCUCUCGUUGGAUGUCGAAGGACAGGGAAAGAUUAUUCAGCCCUCCAAAUCAAACUUGCCUUAG